AUGAGAUUCUUAACCGUUGCUGUUGCUCUUAUCGCUACAACUCAAGCUGCUGCAAUCACAUCACCAAUUGGAAAUUCAAUCGUCAUUCCAACCAAAAAAGAUUCAGAACCAGAACCAGAAUCAGUAAUUUACGAUAUUGAAUCAAAUCAAUUACAAUUAAAUAAAAGAGAUAAUUUAACUGAUUCUAUUAACAUUACUAAAGUUCAAGAAGCUAUUUAUGAAAUAUUACAUGGAAAUUUUACAAAUGCUACUGAUGCUUUUAAUCAAUUAUUACAAACUUUAGGUAUUAAUCAAUCAGAAGCUGAUAAAUUAGGUUUAAAUUCUGGUUUAGGUUGGUUAGUUUUACUUGAAACUCUUGGUGCUUUAUUAUAUAAUGGUACUUCUGCUUUAAAAGAUUAUAAAAAUUAG